AACAGGAAGCGGGGGAAGCGUCCUUGGAUAUGUUGCUAGUGGAGAAACUCUCGCAUCUUUCUGCCUACACAGUGUCGCUGUCAAGCAACUGUCAACUAAUCCAUAAUACCAAAAGGGCGAAUGAGUAAACCAUUAAAAGUGUGGAAGUAACCAUGAGUGCUCCAGACCUCAUGGGAGGCCAGCUGAUCCUUGAAGAGGAAUACGAUGAGAAUUAUACACCUUCUGAACAAGAGAUUCAAGAGUAUGCAAGAGAGAUUGGCAUUGAUCCUGGCAGUGAGCCGGACCUCCUGUGGCUGGCCAGGGAAGGCGUCGUUGCACCAUUGCCUCCAGAGUGGAAGCCUUGUCAGGACGUGACAGGGGAAAUCUACUAUUUCAACUUCUCCACAGGCCAAUCCACCUGGGACCACCCCUGCGAUGAGCACUACCGCCUCCUGGUGGCCCAGGAGCGUGAGCGCACCCAGCUCACUGCAGCUGCAGGAGGCAUGGGGGCAAAGAAGGACAAGGACAAGAAGAAAAAGAAAGAAAAGAAGGAGAAGAAAGAGAAAAAGAAGAGGGAGCCAGUAAAGACUUCCGGAGCACUGACUUCAGCCUUGGGAUCCUUACCGUCUCCCCUGGGUGGCCUGGCCCCUCUGAGAGGUCUGGACAUCACCGGCCCUGGCCCACUCUCUGGAUCUGCCCCUGCUCUUCGAGGGUCCCUCAGCAGCUCUGGUGGGCUGGAGCCCCUCAAGACUUCCCUAAGGGGUCCUAGAAGUACUGGGGUGUCUAGUGUUUUAGGCAGCAGGCAGAAGGAGAGGGUCUCCCUUACUCUGCCCGAUUUUGAUGAUGACGAUGACAAUAACGACGACAAACUCUCAGAAAAUGAGCUGAGUCCUCGCGGUUCAGACAGGCUGUUGAAGAACCUUCACCUGGACCAGGAUGCCCUGGGAGGAGGCCUUCAGUAUGAGCAGAAGCAACUCCACCUGUCCCCACUUGCGGGCAUCCGAAACCAUGUCAAUGAGGAGGGUCCAGGUCCUAUCAGCCCUGAGCCUGAACACUCAGCAGAGGAUUUGAAUGAAGUGGAGGAGGGUGAGGAGUUGGAAGAUGGGGAUGCUAAAGGAGAGAGGGGGGAGGAUGAAGGAGGAGGCGAAGCGGAGGAGGGAGGCAGGAGGGGAAAAGGGGAGGAAGGACACGGGAAAAGCAGAGAGGAGGGGGAUGAGAUGGAGGAAGCUGUCAAAAAACAGAAAGAGGAGGAGGCGGCCGGGAGUGAUGAGGUAGAGGAGGAAUGCUGUGAAAGUGAGGAUAAAGAAAGAGAUGAAGGAGAUGGCAGAGUUACAGAAAAUAUAAGGUGCAUUAAGAAGCAGGAGAGCAAUGAGGGAGAGGAGGAUGACAGCGAUGAGAAUGUAGAGAGGUGUUUCAAGGCCAAAGACAGAGAGGAGAAUAUGGAGAGUUUCAUGGAGGAGAAAGAAGAGAUGCAGGGAGAGGUGCAAAAAGUAGAUGGAGAACAGGAUUUUGAGGAAGACAGUGACGCAAAUGUGGAGAAUUUCUUUAAAAGUGAUAAGGAUGAAGGGAGCAAGGAAGAGGACAGAAAUGACAAAAGCAGAAAUGAGCUGGGUGGAAGCAUCAAUGAUGAAGAGGGGCAGAGUGGAAGUAAGGAAGAAGCGUCAGAGGUGAAUAGCGAAGGAGAGCAAGAGAAGGAAAAGGAGGAGGAGGGUGGUGAGAGCGAGGAAGCUUUGGAGAGAUGCUCCCUGAACCUGACGGGGAGUGACAGGGACAUAGAGAAAUGUGCACUGAGCGAAGGAGAAACCGAGAGGGAAGGAAUGAACGUUGAGGGUGAAUCAGAUGCUCAAAAAUCCCCAGCGGCAUCGGAGAGUGAGGCGGACGUUGUGGAGGUUUUUGAGACGGAAACGGCUCAAGUGCCACUGGAAAACCUAGGCCAGAGGAUGAUGUUGAGUGACGUCAAAGCGCUCACCCAAAAGAGAAAAACUACGAAGACAGAAAAAUGCCUCCUUCCAGAAGAGGAGUCUGAGACGGAUAAAAACAUUGAGGAGGAUUCAUCCUCCAUUGAUGUCAAGCUGUCGGAGAAGGUUCUGGAUAUCAAUGACUUGUCGGGUGCUGUCAGUCCACUGGAAAAAGAUGACAGUCAGGGAACAAAAGACAAAGAGGAGAAUGAGGAGGGGGCAAAGACGAAGGUUUCAGAAGCUGCCAACAGGUAUAUGCUGGCUAAAGAUGGAGGCAGUCCUUUAGCCUCUAAAGUUGACCGACUCGUCCUCCACCAGUCCAGCCCUUCACGCUCCCUCUCCAGCCCCUCCCACUCAGAGCGAAGUGGCGAGCUCCGACCCAAAGCCUCUCUGGGGCUCCAGAGGCCUGGAACCGCCAGAGGUCGAGCGAUCCGCACUUCCAACACCAAACCUGGAAAUGCUGAAACCCCCUUAAAAACCCUUGACAAACCAGUGGAUGAAGAGCCAAGCUGGAGAAUCAAGAAAGACAGAGAGAAGAAAGAGAAAGAGGAGGAGAGUGAGAGGGAGGAGAAGAGUCUUAGAGAACAAAAAGAGAAGGAAGGGGAGAGGAGGGAGGCUGAUCAGGAGGUAGAGGAGGAGAAGAAACAGUUGAUGAGGGAGAAAGAGAAGAGGAUGUGUCUCCUCCAGGAGGAGCUGAGUAGGGAGGAGGAGGAGGAGGAGAGGAAUCUGAAGGAGGAGAGUGAGGAAAGACUGAGGGCUCUGCGGCAGCGUCUCCUGUUAAAGAGGAGAGAGGAGGAGGCCAGGCUCACUGAGGAGUCUGACAGGAUGCUGGAGGAAACCAGAGAGUCUAUCCAGAGGGAGAGAGAGAAGCAGAAGCACAAGCUCAGGGAGGAGAGCGAAGCCAUCCUGAAAGAUUUACAAAUAACUCUAGAGGAAGAGCGAGCAGCGGAGCGUGACAGGCUGGAAGCCCAGCAGAGGCAGGAUGUUGAACUCCUUAAGGCUGAGCAGGAAGAGGAGCUGGAAUCAGAGAGGAGGAGACUCCAAGGAGAGCGAGAGGAGAAACUGAAUUCUCUCAAACAGGAGCUCAAAAGCACAGAUAGGGACAAGGAGCUGAUGAUGAGUACACGACCUGAACAGCACCUGACAGACUACCACCGAGAUCUCACUGGCGUGCUCCAGGAAGUGCGGGAGGAAGUGCAGCGGGAUCACGAGAGGAAGCUGGAGAAGCUGAGGGAAGACCACAGGAGAGAAAUGAACAACACCAGAGAGAAAUACCUGGAUGAGGAGACCAUACAGAGAGAGCGCUUGCUGUCCACUCUGCAGGAGGAAAGAGGGCAUCUCCAGGCCUCCCACGCUCUACAGCUGGAGAAACUGCGGCUGGAGCUCAACGCUCAGAUACAAAAGACGCAGCUCACACACUCACGCAAGGAGUCCGAACUGCAGGAUCUGGCAGAUCAGUUGGAGCUGAAAGCCAAAGAGCUGAAGAGCCAGGAGGGCAUGCUGCAGAUCAAGGUAGUAGAUCUGAAGAGAAGGAGGAAGAAGCUCAUAGACGAAGAAGAGGAGGUGGAAACACAGAUAGAGGCCUUACCCCGGCUGAUCCAGGAGAGAGACCAGCUGAAGGACGAGCUGGAGAGGAUGAGAGAGGAGAAACAUCAAGCCAGAGAACUCGUCCAGAGAGCCAGGGAGGAGAGGAGCGAGGCAAAGGAGGAGGAGGAGCGGCUGAGAGGGGAGAGGGACAAGGCCAGAGAUGAGAGCAGGAGAGUGAAGGAGGACAAGGAGAAACUGGAGAGCAAGGUGACGCUGCUGCAUGAGAGAUGCGACCGUCUCAGCCGCAGAGUCAGUGAGUUGGAGCAAGGUGAAGGUGCAAGUACUUCCACCAGACAGGAGCCGAGGCAGGUCAAAACUAAGGGAGAGAAAACAGAGAUGACGGCGCCCUCCAGUGACAGGAGAGACUCAUUACUGCAUUUGGAGGACCUGGACGACCCUCCUCUCUCCCCUGUACCCGACAGCCAGAGCAGCGUGGACGAGUUCCGACGCUACAUCUCCUCACACGGCACCUCCAUCCAAAAAACCAAACUCUUCCUGGAGAGGGAGAGCAGCCGGCUGAUUGAGAGACAGGCAGCUCUGCGGGCGGCCCAGACCGGCUCCUCACAGGACCUGAACCACAACACCAGGGUGACUGAGGAGAUUAUUAGAAGCCUCAUGCAGGAAGCCCAAAAUGUGGAGGAGAUGCAGCGGACGGUUCAGAGAGGGAACUCGCUCCUGAGGAGGAAAGAGGAGCAGCUUCAGCAGCUGGAGAGUUCGAUCGCUGAAGAGCCUCUGUCAGAGGAUGUGUCUCGGCUGGCGGGAGAGAGGAAGGUGACCUUCGAUGUGACUGAGUCGGACCUCAGCAGCACUGCGGACCCACCGGUCGGGACAGGAGCUCAUCCCACGGUCCCGGCCAAAGUCCAAGAGUUAGCAGACUCCCUGCAGCAGAUCUCGGGCCAGCUCAACACUGUUCUCAGUGCACUGGGUUCAUUAGCUCAGUGGCCACAGAGUGCCACACCUUACACAGCCUUCAGUUUGCCUGUGUCGCAGCCUCUCUCCGUGCCAGCUCCCACUCCCACCUAUAAUCCAGUCGCGUCCCACAUGCACACCCUGGGCCACAGCUCCUUAGCCCCACCUCCCCCCAUGAGGCUCUUGAACCCUUCGUGGAACUGGGCGACUGGGAGCUCUGCAGCCCACGCCCUCUACAAUGCCCCCAUCAGCAGCGUGCUGAAGGCCUCUGACGACCUCAUCAACAGCCGGUGGAGCCAGAUUUUUCCUGGAGCAGCUGUGGACCCAGUUGCGUCUAGCACCAUGAGGACCAGCUCAGCCUACUCAGCUUACACUCCUGUUAGUGAACACAGUCCCAGCCUGCGGUCCAUGCAGAAGUCAGCAGAGAUCGAUGGUCAGAGGCUGCAGGGGAUGAUCGAUGGCAACAAGAGGUGGCUGGAGAUGCGCAAGAAAGACACCAGCAUACCUCUGUUCACUCGCUAUCAAGCUCCGUCCUCCAAGAGCAGCCUGGUCCAGCUGGGCCUGGACGAUAACAACCAGAUCAGAGUCUACCACUACUGAGGACAUUACGCACAGUUCAGUCCUGUUGUUCUGUGUCUGUCACUGAGGACUUUGACUGACUUUAAUGACUGUGUCGGCUCUGAGCUGUGACGUUUACAUGCAGGGCCUCACAUGAGUCAUGUGGCCUCUGUGAUUCAUUCCUUUUUAAAUAAUAAAAAAACAAACUUUCAGUGUAAAGGUUUUCAGGGAAGGUCCAGCCUCCUCUGCUGUGAUUGGAGGAAGAGCUGACAGAAGAGGACGUGGUACAUUCAGGGAGCCACAUGUCACAGAGGCCUGAGGACUUUUAUCCCCGAUUAGAUAUGGCUGUGUGCAGCAGUCCACUUCUGACAACAUGUUUACAGAUGUGAGCUCCAUGCCAGACCUGAACUUUUCAGAGAUUGUACAAGAAACUGUUUAUUCUGAAGAAAGAACCGCACAGACUUUGAGGAAAUUGUGUCUUUGGUGGAGAAAUAUUUGGAAGUGGUCGAUUGUUGGUUUCGUCUGUCUGAUAUUCUAAGCGGUUUCGUAGUUUCUCCAGAAACCUCAAGCAAGUUUAAUAUUUCACCUUUUCCUGAAAAAAACUAUUAUCUCAUUCAAUUAUGACUUUAUUCUCAAAUCUGUUUGUUCUUUAAUAUGGCCCUCAUACUCUGUUGUCGAAGUCAGAUGGGAGUUGGUUACUGAAUGUUGGACAAUCAUAGAGAAUCAUCUCCAUGUUUAAAUAUGAAAAUGUCAUACGUCAUCUUGAAUACACUCCACAGCACUAAAUAGAAUGACUUUACAGAUGCACAGAGGUCAAGUUUCAUGGCAUCAAAUGUUACACCUUUUGUAUUAAUGCCGCUCACUUUGUAAAAUACUUGUUUGAAAACUGAACAUGUUUUAAAAAUGUUUUGUCAUUUCAGGAACAGAGACAAAACAUACUUUGUGCAUAAACUAUAUAGUGUAAAUUCUGUAUUUUUUUAUAAAAUAUUUUAAUAAAUCUAGUUUUAUAUG